AUGGCAGACGAGGACUUCACCACUUCGGAGGCGGUCUUGGGCGAGCUGGAAGCAGCGUUGGUUAGCGCGGGAGGGUGCAAGCUACGUCACCUUGACAUGCAGCUAACUCGACCCGCUCAUUCCAGCGGAUUGGUCUCGCGAGACACCGUAUGCAUUGAGACCUUGAUUUUUGUGCGCCUCAGCAACGCACAUUUCACGUGUUAUGGAAGCGCGAUACGGCGCAUGGACUUACUCUUGGAAGUAGAGAGAUGGAGAAUGUCGACGACCAAAGUUCUAGAACUGGUCUCACGUUGUCCUGCGCUCGAACAUCUAUCCCUGAUCAUGGUUUGCCUGCCUUCUGCCGACCUACCGCUGGAGGUUGCUUGGGAGCCACACAAGUUUCCUGUGACCUCGUUGGAGAACUUGGAAUGCUUCAUCUUAGAAGACGUCACGUCGGCCUGUCUCGAACUGCUGUCGGCUAUCGUCAUCCCUCCCGACUGUGAUUUUCACUGGACGGCCAUAGAGCCGAUGGGGCAACUUGACUACGACGAGACGUGUCUACGCAAUCGCUUGGACUUCUGCGUCGACGUUUUCAAUGCCAGAACCGCUGCGGCUUCCGCUCUGUCUACGUUACUAAUCGAGAUUCUACCGGACUUUGGUGGGCAGCACCUAGCUAUCAAACGUGACAUCCGCGAGUGGCCGGAGGAGAUGCGGGUCACCUUGGCCGCCUCAAUCUCGUCCGCCGAAGCGCAGUUCCUGAGGCGACCUGGACUGAACGGAUCGGAACUGUAUCGCGAUGUUAGCCGUAUCUGUGGGGAGUCACGUCGAUCUUUCUCUGUUCGCACUCAGGCUCUCUCGAGAGCACCCAGAGAUUCAGCGGACCGCCAUCACCCUUUUCAGUUCCGGCAUGAAAGAGCGCGGAAGGAAGACUGGGUAUAUGUGCCGACCUUUCGGUCGGUCGUGGCAGGGUAUAUGUCCUCGGCCAAAAGGAUCUCAGGCCUCCUGCAAGCCGAGAACGUCCUAUUACCCGACCAUGCCUAUACCCCUGGCGAAGUUCGGAUGUGGGACGUGCUGUUGGGCGACUUCACUACUACUCACCUAUCCGCGGACGGCAUCGAAACUACAGACGACCUUCAGACAUUCGCGAAUUACCUUUCCCUCCCUCCCCGUGACGGCGUUCGACCGCAGGAACGACUGGCCUCGGUUAACUUGAACGGUUACACCGGGGGAGGCGGCAUCAACACUGAAAACGAGCUGCACUUGUAUAUGGAGGAGCAUAUGGGCCCUCGCCUUGGAUGUCCUGACAUCAUAUGGACUGCGUCUCGCUUGGCUUAA